AUGGGGGAUCAGAUUUUAAGUGGACUUGGUGUCCCUAGUGUUAUUGCAAAAGAUGAAUGUAUCUAUUGUUUUGAGAAUUGUCUAAAUGAUAUUCAUUCGGAUAUCAUAACCGAGGAAAUGCACUCUUUGGAUUUAUGUCUAUCCUGCUUCCAAACUAUCUGUGAAAGACAUGUUUCUAUUCACAACAGGGCAACACAUCUUUCAUCAGAUGUUGAUCAUGCUAGUUACUUGCAAAUAGCUAAGGUAACAAAGUUAAGUGAAGAAUUGGAGGAAAAGGAUACUAGUAAGAAGUUGAAACUGCAAGUAAUUGAAAGAUCUGAUGAUGAGAAGUAUGAAACUAUUUGGGUUUUAAAACAAUUUAAUGGUGAAACCCAAAAUUUUACAACAGUCACAACGAGUAACGAAGAACAAUUAUCAAUCGAAUCUAAGGAAGUGAUUGAAAAGAUUUUAAGAGCUAAAUCGCAGAACUUAGUUGAUGAAACUAAAACUUGGGAACUAGAGAUAAAAUCCUGUCAACAUACACAGAAUUUCAAAAAUUUAAAAGAUUUAAAGAAUAGUCAACUGGAUAAAUGUUCAUCUUGUAAUUUGACAAGUAACUUAUGGUUAUGUUUGAAUUGUGGAAAUAUUGGAUGUGGUAGACAGCAAGUUGGAAUUGAUGGUAACUCUCAUGCAUUAAGCCAUUUUCAAGCUAAUCCAGAACAUGCUUUAGCAGUUAAAUUAGGAUCACUUUCAAAUGAAUCAUAUGAUAUGUAUUGUUAUUCGUGUGAUGAUGAGGUCAAAUUUGAAAAUAAGGAACAAUUCGAAAAGAUCUUGUUGCAAUUUGGUAUAAACCUAGGUAAUAAACUUGCAAGUGAAAAAACAUUAGUUGAGCUUCAAGUUGAACAAAAUUUAAAUUGGGAUUUCAAAAUGACUGAUUCUAAAGGAAAUGAUUUGAUUAAGUUAGAUGCAAAUGAUCAAAACGGAUGCGGUCUAAUUAAUUUAGGUAAUUCAUGCUAUAUGAAUUCUGUUCUUCAAUUAUUAUUUAAUGCUGGGGUACCAGAUUGGUCAUUAGAACAGAUUGGAACAGAAUUUCCAUUAGAUGUAGUAUAUCCUUCUAACAAUAUAUUAUGUCAAUUGAUUAAAUUAAGAAACGCGAUGAAAAUUGAACCGGAAAGGUAUCCAAAUGGUAUUAAACCAACUUCUUUUAAAAGAUGUAUUGCACAGGCACAUGAAGAAUUUAGCAGUUCUAGACAGCAGGAUUCCAUGGAAUUUUUCACAUUUUUGAUUGAACAAUUAGACAAAAAAGUCUUGAAUAAAUUUGUAGGAACCAUUCCUACUGAUUUAUUAAGAUUCACUAUGGAACAAAAACUACAAUGUACAAGUUGUCAUGGGGUUAAAUACACGGAACAAACGCAUGGAUGUAUUCAACUUCCUUUAUUAAAAAAUGAUGAUUCUCAGGAG